AUGGCGCCGAAGAAGAAAAAGAAGGCUGCAUCUAACCCAGCGCGAGGGUUUGCUACGACAUCGCUUCCAUCUCGGACCAAAGUGGCUGACGAGGCUGAACACGAACAUCCAAGCACCCCCACUGUGGCAGCAAAGAGCGGCUCUGCAAUCCACCCUGGCAAGUCACAAAUUGGGGGACACAAUCCCGCUCAGCAGAGCUCUCUCCCACCAGGAGCAACUGAGAUCGAGAAGAUGACUCCCGAGGAGUUGGAGGCGCAUCUUGAAAACGCGGAGAUGGAUAGUUUGCUCAACAAAUAUGCUGCACGGUGUCUUGCUGAGUCCAAUCGUCAAGUUACUAGGCUAGAAACGGAGAAACGUCAGAUGCGUUCUCAAUCCAUCAAACUCUCAACUUAUGGCUGGCUGUCAGAAGAGACAACUGAUCGAUUAUUUGAUAUGAAUGCGGAAUAUUCCUCAAAAGUCAACGCCACGGCUUCUAUCCCACGAGAAUUUGUAGAUGAAGACAAGAUGUUGACAGAUCUUUGGACCUUGCAACGUGUCUUGCAAGCCCUGGAUCUCCCCAUGGUGCUUGAGGCAAUUGCCCACGUCACCCAUUUAACAGUGCUGGGUAGGCUAGUCACCAACGGAGAUCUUAUCCCUGGCCUGACCGAGGCUUUCGAAUGGUAUGCGUCUCAGAAACAGUCUGAUGAUCUUCCCAGCUACGACAUCGGUGUUUCAAGAAGGUUAGCGGAAACCGGUGAUCUGACCCCUCAACAAGAAAUAUCCGAGCCUCCAUCAACCACAAUAAGUAGACAGAAUCCGGCCGAAACACCAGGCACGGUUUCUGAGGUCGAGGAAGACGCAUCAACGAGCAGCUCAGCUUCAGAUAGUGAUGACGACUUAGAUCCACAGAUGCAAGUGGACAGAUAUAUUCGUAUUCAAACACGGAUAUGGCAGGCAAAAAACCCCGAUUCAACCAAGGAUUCGGCAGGUAUUGCUCGACAACAGAAACGAAUUGUACGACUCAAUGGGAAGCUCGAAAAAAUCCGCCGGGAUAUUCUCUUCGAAGUCGAUGUAGCCGAUGCAAUCUGGAGCGAGAAAGCGGACGAUCUACAAGCCGAACAUCAGCAAAUGCUGAGGGAACAAGCCAGCCGACGCCGAGCAGAUGAAAAGUUAUCUUCAGGAAAGAUUAAUGGUGCGCAGGAUGACAAAAAGGCAAACGGUAAUUCCCCAAAUGGAGAUCCACAUGAUGCAGACGAUGGGCUUCUUGGGGCAAUGUUCGCCCAAGAUGAAGAGGCAAGGUCUCAGGACCAGCAAGAGAUUGAGACCAACACUAACAUUCGGAUACUUGACUUUGGGAAAUGGACUGGAGUUCUACCGAAAAAACUCCUGGAAGAAAUCUGCAAGACUUACGACAGCAAAUGUCGAAUCCAUGCGCAUCCCAUUCAAAGUACGACUUACUCGACCAGACACAAUCUAAGUAUCACGUGGAGUUCCGCAACUGAAAUGCCUAGCAACGCUCUUGCAUCUUUGCCCACAGGAGUUGUAGCCACAGCUACCCCGACUUCACUGACCUUGACCAUGAACGAUAUCGCAGCCGUGUCAAAGCUCCAAUCCGAGGCGUACAUCUCAACACUCGCAAUCUUCUUGGUGUCUACACUUGGCGGUAAAGAGCAGAAAGCCACCUUACGAUUGCCUACUGUUUGGAGAGACUUGAUCAAAGAGCUUUCCGAUGUCAGAGUCAACCUUGUCAACGAAGAACACAAGACCACCCUGCGGGAAUUACGGGCCGCAAUCAAGAAGGCCAAGGAUGAUGUGGGACAGAACAGAAGUAAAGAGUCGCAAAUUGACGCUGAGCAUGUCACCAAGUCAACAAAUAACAAACGGCAUACGCAUCGUCCGAUUACUUCCAAACUGAGCUCACAGCAAGUGUUGAAUGAGUGGGAGGCAAGAACCUCACGCCCAGCAUUUCUCCAAAUGCUGGAGAUACGUCGACAGCUACCCGUUCACAGCUAUAAAGACGUGAUUCUGGACUGCGUCAACAAUAAUGCAGUGAGCGUCAUCUGUGCAGAGACAGGCGCAGGAAAAUCUUCUGGGAUUCCCGUGCUCCUUCUCGAACAAGAUUUCGCUGGUGGCCAUGACUGUCGCAUUCUUGUGACCCAACCACGACGUAUUUCUGCGAUCACAUUAGCCAGGCGCGUUUCACAAGAACUGGGGGAACCUCGCAAUGACAUCGGAACGGCAAGGUCACUCGUGGGUUAUGCCAUUCGAAUGGAAAGCAAGACCAGCAGUAGCACCCGUAUUACUUAUGCCACAACCGGUGUGUUACUCCGCAUGCUCGAAGAAUCGCCAGAACUUGACGAGUUGGACUACUUAAUCCUAGACGAAGUUCACGAACGCACUAUGGAUCUAGAUCUUCUGUUCAUUGCAUUGCGAAAGUUGCAACAGCGACGAAAGACUCUGAAAGUCAUUCUCAUGUCUGCAACUGUGGAUGCGAGCAAAUUCUCGGAUUACUUUGGCGGUGCCCCUGUACUUGAUCUACCGGGCAGGACCUUCCCUGUUGAGGUUGGCUUUCUCGAAGACGCAGUGGAAGCUUCCAACGACCUUACAAAUGUGGCAGACAGAGGUCUACAGGGUCAUAUCGAUGUGCAGGAUACCGAGGACUAUGGAGAUGAGAAAGGUCACCCGGUGCUAAAAGAUGCCGAAAAAUACAGCAAGAAAACCCAGCAAAUUCUAGCUACCAUGGACGAGUACCGCAUCGACUAUAGUCUCAUCGCAAGAGUGGCCGCCGCAAUCGUUACCAAACCACGUUAUGUGAGAUACAGCAGUGCCAUCUUGAUAUUCAUGCCCGGAAUUGCCGAGAUGCGCCGCCUCCAUAAUAUACUUCUGAAUGUCGACACAUUUAGCAAGAACUGCCUGAUCCAUCUCCUCCACUCGACAUUCAGCACCGAAGAUCUCGAGAAAGCCUUUGAAAUCCCACCACGAGGCUAUCGAAAAAUAGUAAUUGCCACCAACAUUGCCGAAACUGGCAUAACCAUUCCGGAUGUGACGACUGUCAUCGACACAUGCAAGGAGAAGGUGAUGCGAUUUGACGAGCGUCGUCAACUGUCCCGCUUGACCGAAGGUUUCAUAUCCCGUUCAUCAGCACGACAACGACGUGGACGUGCCGCUCGUGUCCAAGAUGGCCUCUGCUUCCAUCUCGUCACAAGACACCGACAUGAUACCAUGAUGGUCGAGCAGCAGGUACCGGAAAUGCUUCGAUUGGGCCUUCAGGAUCCAAUGUUGCGGAUCAAGGUUUGGGAUCUAGGAAGUAUCGAAGAGACAUUGUCGCAGGCGAUCGAUCCACCGACUCGGAAGAACGUGCUGCGGGCAAUUGAGAAGCUGAAAGAUGCCGGCGCCCUUACGAAGAACGAAAACCUGACGGCUCUUGGAAAACAGAUCGCCCGCCUCCCGUUAGAAGUUUCCCUUGCAAAGCUAGCAAUCUUCGGGGCAAUCUUUGGAUGUCUGGACCGAAUCCUCGCAAUGAUCUCACUACUCACAUCCAAAUCUCCGUUUCUGCCAUCCCCGUCCAAAUCACAGGCCGAAGUCCUCCAAGUCUUCGCACGAGGCGACUCGGACCUCCUCUCCAGCGCGAACGCGUACGACUGCUGGCGCCGCGCGAAAACCAGCCGCCAAGGUCAGGACUUCUGCCGCAAAACCCACAUCAGCGACCAAGCCAUGUCACAGGUCGAAGAUCAAAAAGUGCAGCUCCUUGUCUAUUUGGUCGACGCGGGCGUCGUAUCCUUCGAAGCAGACGAAAAAACAACGCUGAACCGUGCGCGACUUGGCUCUGGCCGUCGUGGGGGCACCUUCUACACGAUCCCAGACCGCUACAAUCGAUCAGUCGGCAACAGAGCACUGACCGCCAUCAUCGCCAUGGCGCUGUACCCGCGCGUGCUGGCCCGUGAAGGCAAGGGCUGGCGCAACGUGUAUUCGAACCAGCAGGUGUCGCUGAUCGCGCGCUCCAUCAACCACGGCAACUCGCGCGCGCCGAGCUGGCUGUCGUUCUACGAGGCGAUGCAGAGCCGCAGUGGGAGUCUGAACGUCUUUGAAACGUCCGCGAUCCCGGACUCGGCGCUCGCGGUCUUGCUGGGUGACGCGGAGUUCAAGUUCUUCGCGGGUGUGUUGAACUUGGAUUCCGGGAAGGUGCGCUUGUCGGUGAGGCACUGGAGGCAAUUGAUGGCGAUCAAAAUCCUGCGUGAGCGUAUUGCAGCCGUGUUGGAUGCUGUGUUUAGGAGACCGAGCGAUGCUAUGAAUGCCGAGAAUUGGAAGUGGGUCGAGUUGUGGUUGAGCAUGGAAGCUGGCCAGGAUGCAUCGUGA